AUGUCUCUUCAGGAUAUCAGGAUAUUUUUAAAUGCCAUGUCUCUUCAGGAUAUCAGGAUAUUUUUAAAUGCCAUGUCUCUUCGGGUAGGCUGCCUUUUUGGUGCCGUCUCCAACAUCACCAUCAAAUCGGGCAGGUGCUUCCUCCUCGCCUUCUUCUAUAAUAUUGUUACCAUGUAUAAUCAGAAUGUCUCUCGUUCUACUAGCAAACUGGACACUAUUGCCUCAUCAAUGUCAGCUUCCUCAUCUUCCCGAGGUAACAAUAAUUCCUAUUCUUCCUUGAAGUCUCCAUCCAAAUCACAGCAUAAUCACAGCUACCAUGGUUCGGGUUCGGGUACAGAUCCUCGAAGACAUACUGCCGUUACCGUCCAUCAGACCGGCACCACCACUUCUCAAUCUUCGUCAGCUCUCUCUUCUUCCAAAAUGCUAUCCCCACGUCGGAGUCGUUCAAGUGGCACAGACAGCAGUAGCCAGGGGAGCCGCUCCAGUAGUCCAAUGGACAUGUCCAUAGACAGUCUACAGUCUGUUAGUUCAGCUUACAACUUGUGCCAGUCUUUCGUUAUGGAUGGUCGCACCAGUCCCAACCUCAGUCUUUACGAUAGCCGGUCAAGCAGUAUGACCAGUGUCCGCAGUUUAAUGAGAGACCGGUCCCUAGAAAGAAAUAGUGAUAAUGAAAGGUCACCAUCAGGUGCCCCUGAGGGAGGUAGGUAUCCAAUAGGAAUUCCUGGAGGUCGGGAUUUAGCCCCGACCAGUUCAGCCAGUGUGCGCGAACGAAGGUCCGGGUACCAGUCUUCUUCAUCUUCACGGGACCGGUCUUUAGAUAGGGAAUAUCCUCACAUGGGGGCCAGAUCAUUGGAAAGGGAUUAUUCAUAUCACCAUAGAAGGACAGAAAGGGCAGAAACCCUGCCAUCACCUCAGUCUGUUAUGGAAAAACCAUUCCUAUAUAUUCCUUUCUUUUUUCUUCUUUCUUUCUUCUUUCUUUUUUCUUCUUUCUUUCUUCUUUCUUUUUUCUUUUUUUUUUUUCUUCUUUCUUUUUUCUUUCUUUCUUUCUUCUUUCUUCUUUCUUUUUUCUUUCUUUCUUUUUUUCUUUUUUCUUUUUCUUUUUCUUUCUUCUUUCUUUCUUUCUUUCUUUCUUUUUUCUUCUUUCUUUCUUUUUUCUUCUUUCUUUCUUUCUUUCUUUCUUUCUUCUUUCUUCUUUUUUUCUUCUUUCUUUCUUCUUUCUUUUUUCUUCUUUCUUCUUUCUUUCUUCUUUCUUCUUUCUUCUUUCUUUCUUCUUUCUUUCUUCUUUCUUUCUUUCUUCUUUCUUUUUUCUUUUUCUUUUUUUUCUUUCUUUCUUUUUUUCUUCUUUCUUUUUUCUUCUUUCUUUCUUCUUCUUUCUUCUUUCGUUCUUUCUUUUUUCUUUUUAUUUCUUUUUCUUCUUUUUUAUUACUUUUCUUUUUUCUUUUAUUUCUUCUUUUAUUUUUUCUUUCUUUCUUUCUUUCUUUCUUUCUUUCUUUUCCUUUCCUUUCCUUUGGUUUUUGUUUAUUUUGA